AUGGUGUUGUUCAAAGAUAUUGGGAAGCCAGCCUCAGAUCUUCUUAAGAAAGGAUUCCCCCAUGAGAAGCCAUGGGAGUUGGAGUAUAAAUACAAGUCUAAAAACCCGCAAAUAAUAAACACUGCUGGUGUCAGCAGCUCGAACAUCUUCGAGGCAUCUUCAGCUUUAAUAUACACCGCAGGCGAUGCUACAGCAGAAGUAAAAGUUUUAUCUGCAGGGCGCUCUUACGUGGAUUUAUCUUAUAAGGUUCCGCAGCUACCAAAUUUAAUUCUGUCUUCGAAAUAUGAACGGAAAGGAGAUAAAGGAGGCGCCGAUGUCUUUGACUUCUCCACUGAAUAUGUUGCCCCUCGCUUCCACAGCAUUUUCAAUGUAAAUCCUGUGCUGAGGACGUUUGUUUCUUCGGGAACGUUUACCUAUGAUCGCUUCCGCUUCGGCGGAGAAGUGUCAGGGAAGCUCGACUGCGCAGGAAUGAAAUAUGCGUUGGGCGCCUCUUACACUGCACCCACCCCUGGGCUUAAAGGAGGCAGUUGGGUUGCAGCCGUUAAGACCGCGCCUGCUGGUGGAAUGAUGUUGGGAAAGAUAAUAGGGAGUUUGAACGGAAAGUCAUUGGACGGUCGCGGAGCAGAGUUAGCUGCUGAAGUUGAAUACAGCAUUCCUGAGAACAAGACGAAUAUAACAUUUGGUGGUUUGUGGUAUAUGAAUGAUGAAAAAGACACCGCAAUUAAAUCAAAAAUAUCACAACACGGAACCCUCGCUGUCGCCGUCACGCACAAACUCUGCAGUUAUCUUCACGCAACUGUAGGCACUCAGUUGGAUGUUUCUAAAGGACAAAAUGCAGAAAACGUCAAAUACGGUGUCAAGAUCGACGUUAUCGCUUAA